GGAGCAACGAGGGGUUGGAUGACAGCAGAUACUUUAAGUCACGAAGAAAAAUUAAUUAUCCUGUUUGACGAGCUGCAGUUGAUUCUUGAAAGUGACGAGUAUGACGACAGCUUAAGAAAAAGUCUACAAGAAUCCAAUCCAGGGUAUCUGGAAAAAAUCGAAAAAAGAAAGAAAGAUCUGUUUAAAGAAGACCAUGGAAUUCUUGUCGCAGGUGAAACAAGUUCAGGGAAAUCGACGUUAAUAAACAAAAUACUACAAAAAAGAAUUUUUAAAGCCAAGUUGAAGGAGUCAACGUCUACAAUUUGUAAAAUAAGAAAUUCCGAUGAAGUUAGGAUUAUCACUAAGGACAUAAAUGGUGAACUCAGAACAGUAGCAUUUCAAGAAAAGUGCGAUCUUGAAACAGACGAUGGACUGAAGUCACUGAGAGAUACAUUAGAAAAUUUAACAGACGUGACCUCAGCGAGGGACAGCAACAAUUUCCAAUCAGUAGACGUUGGAUUCCCAAUACCCUUUCUCAAGGGCAACACGAUUAUCGUUGAUACCCCAGGAAUAGGUGGUUCUGGGGACUAUAGCGAAAAACUGAUGGAGUACCUUCCAAAUGCAGUUUCCUUUAUUUUCGUUGUCGAUGUAGCAAGUGCCGGUGGAAUGCAAAAUGACAGGCUUCCACAUAUUCUGAGGUCAAUAGUUCAACUUCAAAUUGAAGAUGAGAUACCUUGCUUUGAUCCAAGAGAUGUAAUAUUCGUAACAAAUAAGUGGGAUGCUAUUUGUAAAGAGGAAGACAGUAGCGACAAUGAUGAACAAAAUAUCUGGGAAGAACUGAAGAAAGAUAUAAAAAAAAACUGGCCGUCUGUAAAGGAAGAAAAUAUUUUCAGAAUGAGUCUAAGAGACGUGUCACCAAAUAAAACGAAUGCUUCAACAAAGGAGUUUGAAAAAUUCAACCUUUCCAUAAAAACGAUCAUCAAGAAAAGUGAAAAUAUAAGACUUUUACAACAUUUAAGGAAUCUGCAUGAGUUGUUGAAAAAUGUGUUAAAGGGGAUAGAUUCUGGACUAGUGUUAAGAAAGAAAAGUGAAGAGGAACAGAUGGCUUUAACAGAGAAACACAUGGAGAAAAUAAAAGAGUUAAAAAGUAAAUGCAAAGAGGAGGAAAGGGAGUUGCGAGAUAAUUUCCAAAAGAUGAUUCAAGACUCGGCCACAGAGGUCUUUGAUUACAUGUCUACACCUCUUGGAAAAGAUCGAAUAUUAAAUCCUCCGGGACAAAAACGCUUAAUAGAAUUGCCAUAUUUUCCAAACGACGUGUUUGGUGAACAGCUCAAUCACAGAUUACGAAUGUAUGUCCGAGGUGUAUUGCAAUCGGAAAAAAAUCAAAAAAAGUUUAUUGAAUUUAAGGAGAGGGUCCUUGCUUUUUAUACUGAAAUGUUGUCUGAGAUUUCAGAAAUGGAAAGUGAUUGGACUGAGUAUUCUGAAGGAACACAUGUAGUUAAUGUUGAAGAAGGAUCAAUGGUACCAAUUUUGGCUGGUGUAAUUGCCACGUCACCGCUAUGGAUACCAUUACUAGUGGCCUUAACUGGUGUUGCUAUUGUUAUAUCGCCAAUUUGUAUACCAGUCAUCUUAUAUCAUUUAAGGGAAGAAAACAGACAAGAAGAAAUAGAUUUGAGGUUUGAAAGGUGUAGGUCAUCGAUAAAAAGCAGAAUAUGUAAUCAUCUUAAGGAAACUUAUGGACAGUUAUUUGAAACACUGAUUCAAAAGACUGUAAAUGAAAUCCUACCACGAAAGAUAAAUGCUUUAGAAAAAAUGAUUCAUGAGUUAUCGGAAAACCGUCAGCGAAUACUUGCCAAUCAAAAAACGCUUGAACGACUGUCCGAGAAGUUGAAAUCCAUCGAGCAAAGAAAAUUUGAAUUGCAGACGAACGUUGAAUCAGUUAUGUAAACGGAAUGUAUAUAAUUUCGAUAUUGCACUCGAUCAGUUCAGAAGCUUGCGUUUUAAUGUAGUUUAACUGCGUAAAAUAUCGUAGGAAUGGAAGAUGACAUUGUAUGAUUGUAUGCAUAUAUUGAUUGGGUCGGAUGGGAACAGGUGUUUUUAUGGACCCAAGAAUUAAACAGUUUGUCUGCGUUAACAGUUACGAUAGAUGGAUCGACAAAAUACAUUUUACUCCAGAACAGUCAACGUUUCCUUUUUAAACAUCUUUUGUUAAUUUGGUAAUAUGUAGCGUUAGCUUUUUUAAAAAAUAUAUUUCUUAAUAUUAUGAACUUCAAAAUAAUUUUGGCAAUUUUUUUGGCUGAAAGGACGUCACGCAGCUUGCCGCCUUUUGUUAUAUCGAUGCAAAAUCAUUAUAUGUUGCUGAUUCCUUGAAAAUCAGUAAAAAGACUGAUUCCCUGCAAAAAGGUGCGUCAGUUUUAUGAACUGAUACACACCUAUUUAGAUAACCUGGUAUUUUCUUGAAACAAUUUUAAAAGAGUCGACAUGUUCCAAAUUUAAUGAUAAAUAUUCAUAAUGCAGCUCAGUUUAAGUUAUAAAUUAGGAGACAGGGCCUAAUUAAUAUGGCAAAAUUUAAUAUAUAAAUAUUAAAUAAAUAUAUUGUGACGCCAACAUGCAUGAUAAUUAAACUAAUAUGCAUUGCACAAAAUAUAG